UGGAUGUUGGAGGCUGAGCAUGCGCAGAGGCAGCAGGGACUAGGCCCAGCCUGAGGCGGCGGCGGCGGGCGCCGAGGCAGCUGAGGAAAAGAGCGCCCACGGCCCACCGCAGUGAAAGAGAGGCGGCGAGUACGUGAGGGAGCGUGGUCGCAGCCCAGGGGCGGGGGGCAGUAACUGGGGGGGGGGCGCUGUGUGAGAGGAAGAAGUGGGGUUGUAGUGGUGUGUUUCUACCCCCCCCCCACAUUUGUCGCGCGCGUGUCUCUGUGCGGUUGGGCCAGAGGGGAGGGGCUUGGGAAUAACGGGUGUUUUGGGGGGGGGAGGUUAAAGGGCAGCGAUUUUAUGAAGGGGGGGCGCAGAGAAGCAAAGGUUGAUUACAAAAGAGGGAGAGGGGAGGUUGUGAUUCUGGGUGAAGAGGGGGAGGGAUCCAGGAGCCUCCUGGGAUGAUAAUAAUAAUAGUAAUAGUAAUAACUGCGGUACUGUAUUCAUAUCGUUCUCAAAGCACUGCACUUAAGUGCUGGGUCUGCUUCUACAGCAGCCCUGCAAGGUAGGUCACCAUAUGGUUAUUUCCCACCCCCUCCAUAAGGCCACUUUCUGAGGCCUCUACCAAUGCAUUAUGAGGGGGGGAGGACGGGACAGGAGGGCUAAGGUGGUGGAACGGACUGUACCACUUCAAACUGCAGGUGUGCAUAUGUGUGCGCUCACGUUCUUUGAAUGCUCUCCUGCAUUGUGAAAACGGGGAUGGAAGGGCUGUGCACUGUAGAGAGAGAGCGGUUUGGUCUAUAAAAGUUCUCUUGCUUGCGUGCGUGUUUUCACUCCUUGCAAGUGGUUUUGUACGCAGGGGGAAGGGGCCCCGAGGAGCACUGGACAGUAAUAAAUUGCCCACUUGCGAUGUGGAAUGGUACAGUCCACUCUACCCCCUUCCCACCCACCCACCCAUUUGCUGCAUGUCUGGAGCAGGCCUCAGAUCAGAGCAGAUUCAAAACAGGACUUCCUGCUUUGAAGCAGUCUCUCUUACCAGUGGCAUUCUGGGUCUACUUACUCCCAGAUGCGUGUGUAUAGUAUUGCAACACUACUCGCUGCUGCACCAACUGAUAAGAGGUGUAGUAUAGGGAGGAGGGAGCCUGAGAGAUACUGGGUUGAGCUUAGUAUUAUUUACUUCUGAGUAAAUGGACAUAGGAUUGUACUAUAAGUCCAGCUUCCAACCUUUGAUGUUCAGAAGUGGUGGUUUGUUUUUAACUGAUUUGUGCAUGGAUGUGGAUUACUAACAGUUCUUGUGCCAUGUUAAGAACUUCUUAGGGAAUGUCUGCACCAGCUGUCUUUAUCCUGUUCUCAAACUGUCUGUUCUUUUUCUUAUGUGUAGCAGGUUUUCCAAGAUGACGCAAUUCCUGCCCCCAAAUUUGUUGGCGCUAUUUGCCCCCCGUGAUCCUAUACCCUACCUCCCUCCUCUGGAGAAACUACCCCAUGAGAAGCACCAUAAUCAGCCCUACAGUGGCAUUGCCCCCUAUAUUCGAGAAUUUGAGGUAAGUACAUUUAAGAAUUGGCCUGAUUUGUAAUUUGUUAGAACAUUGGCUAGUGCCUGCAGAAUUUGGCUGUUGCAAGAACAGCUUUUAUUUCUCAACACUUUCUCCUUUAUUUAAAAUGAGCUCUUUCUCUUACAGGACCCACGUGAUGCUCCUCCACCUACCCGCGCGGAGACGCGUGAGGAACGAAUGGAACGGAAGGUAUGUACAGGGCAUAGCAAUUUGUGGGUUAUUGCAACAGUAGCUCUGAUCCAGGACUCCUAGAUUGCAUGGGGGAAUGCUUCAGGUUCCACCCUUGACUGUUAGUAGCUGUUUUCCUUAGAAGCUGAGGUUUAUGGGUCCCUAUUGCUUUCAAAGGGAUGUAUUUCUUCAGCUGGUUAAUCUGAACUGGAAGGUAAGCAUUAAUAUUCUGUCCUUGACACCUUUCCUUGCAGAGGCGAGAGAAGAUUGAGCGCCGGCAACAAGAGGUUGAGACUGAGCUGAAGAUGUGUAAGUCAGGGAGAGGAGCAAUGGGGGAAGGAAUGAACUUUGUGAAAGUCACACCACUUUUGGUCUUUAACCAUGAAUGAAUUCAAUGUUUCAUUGAUUCCUCUUAAGAUGAGCCUAAUGUUCACAUGUGUGAAAGAACAAACAACCCCCCCCCCCUUUUCCUUCAUUUAUUAUCCGUUACCUUAUUCUUCUUCCAAUCAGGGGACCCUCACAAUGAUCCCAAUGCUCAAGGAGAUGCCUUCAAGACUCUCUUUGUGGCCAGAGUUGUAAGUUACCUUCUUCCUUCUGCCAAUACUUUGUUUAAAAUAAAUUGCUAGUGUCCUUACCAGUAAGAGAGAUUAGAUUACAGAUGGAAACAAACAGCUGCUUUAGCAAUUUCCACCAUUGCCAACAGUACUUUCCUAUGUAAAUAAGCUUAUAAAAACCAGGGUUAAAAAUUAUGGCACAGCUUUUAAGGUGGUGUUAAAAGUACGGAAAGAGCACAAAGAACCCCUCGUGCCAGGGAUCUCCCCAUUCAUUCCCAUACAAGGUCAUUCUGAUUUUCUUGGGAGAAACAGGCCAUUUCUGAAUGACAGAAACGGGCUAAGCUUCAUAAACUAUUGGAAUUUUACAUGGGAAUGUGGCUCUAGGGAGCAGUGGAAGCAUUAACUACACCAUCCCAACAUUGUGUGGCUUUCAUAGUAGCAAGUAGGAUCAUUUUCAGAUUGCCCCACAUUAUGGGACAAGCAACCAGAGACCUGGGUCAGUAUGAGAAGAUAAUUUUAGAAGUAAGUGACAAAGAUGUAAAGGGCUAGUUUCCAUUUUGCAUUAGUUCUUAAUACAAUGGACAUGCAAUCACCUGAAGAGUUAAGAAAAGUCUGGGAAACGGGACUGGGACAACACAAAAAUGAUAAUUAACUCCCUUAGGACUUUCUUACUUUCACAACAAUGCAUCAGCAUUAUGUUGUAGAGGUUUUAAGACAAUUGGUAUUUCAAACACGUGGUGGACAUGUCAUAAGGGAUGAGAUAUUUGAGGAAAUUUUCAAAACAACUAGGCCAACAAAUUAUGAAAUCCCCAGAAAUAAAUAUUACAUUUGUUUUUAAAUAAUAAUAAUGGUCUGAAAAUUAGGGCCUUAAUUGGUUAUUUGGUGAGGGCAGUGAUUGCAAAAAAAAAUGAGGACGAAUCUGGAGCUACAAUGAAUAGUUGGAAUUCAAAUAGUCUGGCUGAAAAGCUAUACAGAUUGGUAAAGUUUUAUUUCAUACGCAUAUAAAUGAGAAAAUAACAGAAGGGUUCCUAGGGUAUUUCAGAAUUUGUGCAUAUUGUGUAGCAUGCCGUCUGCAUCAAAUAUAAUAUUUCUCUUUGAGGGGGAAAAUGGGUUCUCUUCUGCGAACCUUUAACUGCUUCUGUGAUCUUUGCCUGUCAGUUUGUUUAUGUCCUUUAAGUCAUAUCUGCAAAACACAAAAACAACUAGCAGUUAUAAUCUCUAUGCCUGCUCCUUAUUUCACUUCCCAUUUUCCUUGCAGAACUAUGACACAACAGAAUCCAAGCUGAGGCGGGAGUUUGAAGUUUAUGGCCCUAUCAAAAGAGUAAGUAGAAAGGUUAUUUUUGGAUCUGUUUGGCAAUCAAUAAAAUUCAAUAGCUGUUAGAUAAUAAUUUAUUGAACAUAAUAAUCAUAUUUUCCAGUGAUGAAUUGUCUAGCCCAGUAUUUUGUGGUGUAAGGGUGGGUGGAGUGGUUUCUGCUUAAUUUCGUUGUUUUAAUCCCCGUUUACCUCUUUCUAAGAGAGCAAGUUUUAAUCUUCGUUUUCUUCCCACAUUGUUUUACUUCAUUUCAAAGAUAAUUGUUUUGGAUUCAAAUGCUUCUGAUUUAUCAGAAGCACUUCAUAUAUUUGGAACAUAUCUCUAGUUCUGUGGAUUAGGAUAAACCAAUUUGAUUUUAACACUGCUAUCUUUCCAGUGCCUCCUGUCUCUCACAUCAUUUUAUCAAAGACAUUCACAAUGCUGGGGUGGGGUGGAGAGAGGUGCAAGUGACCCCUGGGAAAAAGCUGUUUCUAUCUCUGAACUCAUUGGAGCACUGUUCUCUUUUUUUUCAAGCACUUAUACAUGGAAGACAGAACUUGUUCCCUGAGAUUUCUACGUUCCUCAUCUCUCUGCUAUCAUUUCCUCAUUUCUCUAGUGCUCUCGCAGCUACUCUAUAUAGAGGGCACAGUGGGAAUUUCUAGGCUCCAUUCACACAAAAUGUAAUGUGGGCUUUGGAAUCUGGAGCUUCCAGUGUCACUUAGGUAUCUUUUUUUUUGCAGAAAUGCCCCUUUAAUUACACCAUAGCAGGCAUGGUCAACCAAGAAGCCGAGAGUUGAAUGUGUACUGAUCAUUUUCCUCUUUGUGUUCUCAAGUGGAGUUUUAUAAGGAGGUGGACUUCAUUUGGGUCCUAAGAAGGUAUUAGGGCUAUACAUUUAACCAGUUAACCCUUGCUGCCACUUCAAUUCCAUUCCAGAUCUACAUGGUGUACAAUAAGCACUCCGGCAAGCCACGUGGCUACGCCUUCAUUGAAUACGAACAUGAACGUGACAUGCACUGUAAGUACAAUAGUUUUCUGGGAUGUUUUUAUGACUUGUGUGUUUUGUCUUUUUAUAAAUUAGUUUUUCUAUUACAAAAGCAUGUUUUUUCAAAGCCCUUGAGUUAUUUGAGGGCUUGGGCUCCCCCCAACAGGUAAGUACAGAGUGGGGGAGCCUGGCUUGGUUUGGCAAGCACCCAAGUUCCGUUAAUCUGGCCCUGUUGGGUUUCCGAGUGAGGACUCUUCCAGUCAUACCAAUAAUAGAAAGUGGGGGGGAGGUGGGGGAGAGAAUCCUUCCAAUCACAUCAACAGUAGAAUCCAGAAGGGAGGAAGUUUUACACUCUUCUCCCUAUAUAUUUUGUCAUUCAGUCAUUCAUGUAGGGUUUGGACUUGGGAAUCUCAGUUUUACUCUAGGUAGGCUUGCUCUCUUUCGAGAGCAUCACUUCCAUCUCUUUGUCUAGUUAUGAAAAAAGAAAUUAACGUAGCUGGGGUGCUGCAAAUGCAAUGUGUGUGUGUGCGUGUGUAUGCUAAAGUAACAGGCAACAGUUCAACAGCUCUCAUCUUUACCCCUCAAGAUUCCCUUGUGUUGGGGGGAACCCUGUAGACCGAGGGUGGGCAACUAGUCGUGCCAGCAUCUUUUUGGGCAGGCUGGAGUUCCUGCUUGCAUUGCAGAACCCAGCAGGGUCAUAAAGGCUGCCCCCACACACUGAACUGUUGCCCAUCUCCUUUCUGUUAAUUUUUUUUAAAGAGGGAGAAUGAAUGCUGUGAAGAAGUAGUUCUUCUAAAGCAAGUGUAACUUUGACCUGUAGCUGUGUUUUGAAAAGAUGCUGUUGUUGAGAGGCGUGUUGUGAGCGGGGUGUAUUAAUUCUGUGUUCUUAUUGUCACUGCAGCCACCUUUCUGAUGGCUAUUGCCACUGCUGGCUUGCAGCUGAUCCUUAUGCUUCCCCUUUACAACAUCUCAUUGUAUGGUUGGUAUAAGGGUUUGUAUAAUUGGUAAGAAACCGCAGUACCCAACACACUUCUAUACACAAGCCAGGUCAAAGGCAGAUGCUAGGUGACAUGACUUAAUGUGGAGGUGGGGUGGAGGGAAGGAAGAGGAAUAUGUUUCUCUUCUGGCUUCUGCGCUGUUCUCUUGCUGUGUGGAAGGAGAAGGAGAAAUGGGUUCCUUUGCUUGGUUGUUGGUCUUAUAUUUUGCAGCAUAAAUAUAAUGGGGAGGGAGGGAAGAAUAAUAAUAGGUCAGCCCUCUCCAGUAGGGCUCAAAUAUCCUGAGUGAACCCUCCCUCUCCAAGACACACAUGUGCUGUUUUACGCUCUGCAGUCUGUGAGGCUGGAUUGGCAAUCAUUAAACAACGCAGGCAGAAACAGUUGGCGAGUGAGAAUUAUUUCAAAAAUACCAUUUUAUUAUGUUUGCCCCAAGUAGGUAGGGGCUCCUCAGUCCUUUUCAGACUGGCUAGACCAAAAUGCUUCCUCUCAAUCAUUAACACACAUAAGAAAGCAUCACAGUAUUUGAGGUCACUUUCUGAAAUCUUCAUGAGAAUGGUAAUCUUUCCACUUUCAAUCGCUGCUUACAUUAAUAGUGUAGACACAAGUGAUGGUAAAAUCUGAUGCUAAUACGAGGCUCCCAAAUAUCCUGACAGAGCUGGGUUAGAUUGUGUUAGUGCUCUUUGGAAAGGACUGGGCUCUGUUAGUCCUCUUUGGAAAGUUGGAAAACCUAGACUACAUCAUUCUUAAACAUUCUAGCUUAUAUAAAAGCAAGUUGCAGCAUAUUAAGGUAGCUUUGUAAUUUAGCACUUGCCUGAUGUUUGUGGCCAGUGACAAUUGCCCAAAGACGCACCUCCAGUGCCAGAGGGAUAGAGCCACUCACAUAUAAGCUCCAUUAUUCUAUCUUGAAAACAAGGUAGCAUCAUAAAGCAUGUGUACCUGGCUGUCUUGGACAGACACCCGGACUAGGUGCCUGGGCAGUGGAGUGACUGGUAGCAGUGAGAGGUGGAGUGGUAUUGGUAAGCUUAGGAAUGAAUGGGAAGCCAUCCUCUGAACAAUUAUUUGCACAGCUGUAUUAGGGGAGAGCAAGCAUCUAUAUCAACUACCACUUGAGUCAGUUUUGAAUUUAAGAGUUUUAACAGAUUGUACAUUUGUGGAAUGGAGGAUUCUUCCCAGUUAUUGGGUCACUUGAAUCAGAUUGAGACACACUGGGCCUUACACAAGUUUCAUUUUAAAUCUUUUGGCUUUGGUUCUAGAUACAGAAAUUGCAUUGACUAAAAAUAUUUUACCGUGAGCCACUGCAACUUGCCCCUGGCCAAACUUGGAGGCAAAUAUCUUUUGAUGCUCCUGUUAAUGUACAUAAUCCCUGAGUAGGCUGAUGUGUGUUUCUUAGGAGGGAGUGCAUUUUUAUGCCUGUGCUCUUCGAUUGAUAGGAACCAGGACUGAGGAUAUUUGAGCUCUGCUUUUAGUUAAGAAGCUGAUGGGUGGUUGGGUAGUUAGCAAGAGUGGGAGCACAAAGCUAUGUAGAGUAAUUCCUCUGGCUACCCUUGCAGGGCUUGCCAAGGCCGUAAUGGGACCUGCAAGUGGGACACGGUUGGGAUGUCUGUCUCAACAGAGGUUCUAAAUCGUUGAUUCCCCAUUGUGGGUUUUAACAUGCAAGCAGGCAACUAUACCACUGUUUUUGGGUUCCUAAUUAUUGCUAGAGAAGGCAGUUCAGAGACAUCACACAUACCUUGCUGUUCUUUCUUGUUAUCUUCUUUUCUGUCUGGCUCCUUUAGCUUAGAUCUUUCAAUUGUGUAGUAUUUGGAGCCCUCAACCCUGCCUAAUGCAGGCUAUAGCUAGGAAUGCCAAGGUGGGGGGAGGCUUGGUAAAAUUCAGGACUUAAGCCUGAAAAGGACCAUCCUGUUGCCUCCCAGUAUUUACGUUGGAAGGAUGUGUUCCAGCAGAGGCCUUUAAGCUUUGGAGUAUUGAAACGUAAUAAGGAUUUAUAUGAGGCCCUUCAGCUUGCCAUCGUCUGCAAGGCAAGAUCUAGAAUGUCAAAGGCAGCAGUAUAUUGCUAAAUAGCAAACCAUAAAGGCCAAUGUGCACUUCCUGUCCUCCUCUGCUUUGCUUUGGGGCACUGUUGACAAGGUUGGAAAGUUAAUUAAACAAAGAAAAACCCACCUUUGCCCUUGAAACUUAACUGCUGACCUCUGAAUCUUAGGGGAAAAGCGGUAAGUGCGGCCCUUGGAUCUGUUAAAGAACAGGAAAAAACAAGAGUGCCUAUGGGUUUAGUAUUGGAGCUAUAAACUGCUUAGUGUGCUGAUUAACAGGUGUUCGCUGUUGGCUCCUUGAGGGACUUGGUAAAUUCUGAAAGCUCCCUCCCCAGCAUUGCGAUUAUGUGUCUCCAGCAAUCCAGAGCAGAGUGUUACUUUGCCAAAUUCUGAUAAGUAAGUGCUACUUACAGAGAGUCUCAUACUCAUCUUUUACAUAGCAAUCUUGUCACAAGAUGGAGGGAUUCCUUAUACGUUCUUCUCUGUUGAUUUGUUCUCAUAAAGGUGUGCCCUUAUAAAAAGGAUGAGAGAGGUACAGUGAAUGGAAAUGCACACCCUGCGUGUCCUUGCCUCUUAUUAAUUGUGCAAGCACAUGAAAGCAUGAAGAAUUAUUAGGAAUCUCUUUGUGGUGAAAUUUUUGUAUGAAAAAAUGAAUUCACCAAUUUAUCCAGAGUAACGUGUGAAUUGGCCUCUCCUAGAGAGAAAAGUUUGAAGGUCUAACUUGGCAUUGAAAAGCUUUGAAAACCCAGGGCUUGGUCAUUGAUGGGAUACCAGAAAGGGCUUGAAUAGUAACUUUUCAGGCCUAACUAAUGUGACAACAGAGCUGUUCUAGGUGAGCUUCCCCAACAUGUCAGCUGCUGCUGCUCAAAGCCCUUGAAUGCCCUGAGAAAAGCUUGGGGAUUUUUAUGCUAGGGCCAUUGUGCUUAAUUAUAAAAUGUCCCAGGAAGGUAAGAUGCAAUGCAGAGGGUGGUUUCAGGUAAGCAAUCUGGGACUCGCCCAACCAUGGACUGACCUCUUCACUGGAGAAAAGGCCCAGCUUCGUCUCCCAUCUUCAAUAAAAUGGUGGUGAAUAUGGGGGGCAGGGACGCUGCUCCUUGCUGACUUUGGUCCACUGGCUGCCCAUUUUGGAAAUGAGCCAUGAGGCUAACUUGGAGACUCAAUUUGUAGGGGGUGGCGGUCUGUCAUCGUGCCCCAAGAUCCAAACUGUGACUGGCUUCUGAUUCUCAGGGCUUCGAGGCCCAGGAUGACAUCUUUGCCAUUGGUCAUUGGACAAAGCCUGACUUGACGAUGAAGAUCUUGUCAAGCUCCACCUUCCACAGCUUUCUCUAGUAGCUGAACAAUCUCCACUUUUUGUUCUGUUUUUUUUUUAAUGAAGGUUAGGGGGAUGGCAGACCGUUGGAAAAUACAUCCUCCUUCAAAGAAACUGAUUUUUGGACUUUUAAAAAAAUCAGAGCUUUUCUGCUGUGUACUGUUGCAUCAGGAUUUAGAACAGGUGAAAUCAGAACAGGUGAAAAUGUUUUGUGCAGUAAUAAGUUAGAGCCAGUACUUUUUUCUUUAUUUCAUGGAACCUUCUGCUUGAAAUGGAGAGCUUCCAAGUCUUUUUUUCUGAAGUAAUAUUUUCCCAUUAAAUGUAUGUACAUCAGAAGAUUUUUGCCAUUUGUUUCUAUAAGAAGGGAAUUUCAACCCUUUCCCCCCCAGUUACGUAUAUGAGAACAUCCUCCUUGAGCAUAUAUGCAUGAGUGAGGAAGGGGGAAAUCCUAUGUACCCACAUCGAAGAGAGAGAUUAUCUCUUAUCUUUUUUAUGUGCAUACUUAAGGAUAAUGUGUUUAUUUUUUCUCUAAUGCACAGUUUAUGCACGUGGUUAGCUUUAAACCAUUAUAGUUAAUUUGUUGUGCUUUCCAACGAAACACAGCCCCUGCAUUUUUAUCUAAAAAUAACUGUACACACAUUCCCCAUCUCUUUUGAACUGUGCAUGCUCAAUAAAAGUAAAAUUUCAUUCCUGAAACUGUCCCCAAAAAGACAAAAAUUCAACUAUCUUGCUCUAUUUUUUUGUAAAAGACACCCAGCACUUUGAUAACUGAUAAUAAACAAUAGCAACAUUUGGCUCUCUGAAUUUGGUGAUGGGCAUGUUUUUAAAAGGGAAUACUUCAGAAAUUUGUGGAUUGAAGUCCUCUGGUAGUGUCUAGCGCUGCUUCACUGACCAUGGGACCUACUGCCCACACCUGCAUUCUUGACCACAUAUAGGUGCCUUUAGUAUAUUUGAGGAGUGGUGGCGCGUGGGAGCCACAAAGCUUGCAAGGACCCCUUAAGGCAUAAACUAUCUUCAAGCUCUUUAGAGUUUUAUGUAGUUUUGGGGAGUGGGGUGAUGCUGGGGGGACUGGGGAGGGGCUGGCAAGGGUGGGGUGGGAUCUGAGUGUCCGACUUCCGCUGCUGAGACAGGUAAGGCAGGGAAGGUCGGCUCAGCAGCUAAAAUGCAAAACCCAAAAUACCGCCCCAGCCGGGGGCUCCCGGGCAGGGGGGAGCUGCGCCUCGGGCCCCAGCGCUAGCAGCCCGAUGCAGUGAGUUUGAGGAGUUAAAAGUUGCAAUGGUUUUGUAAGUAGUUUCUCCAGGUAAAUGCUUUUAUUUCCUUUUUACUUGUUAGCUGUGCUCGCCCACCCUUCCUUUAGCAAGUGGCUUGAGAACAUUUCCUCUCCCCUUAAAGUCGUCCUAGAGAUUUGCAGUGGGUUUGAAAGCGGCGUGGGUGAGGGCGGGGGGGGGGGGAUAGCGGGUUAAAGUGGGCUGGGAGUGUUGAGCGAGGGUGCCAGCCAGUUCCCUGAGUGUUUUUCCUUGUGUAUACUACCCUCUUCCUUCCCCGCCAGACCUUUCACUCCCUGUAACCUAGAAAGCAUUUCUAUAUACCUCUUUCCCCCCUCCCCUUCACCUGUUUGGUCCCCCCCCCCCCAUUUUUAUUUAUUUAUUUAUUUAUUUUGAUGGCAGGAACUCUUGCUUUGGGGUUGGGUUUGGGGGCAUGGCCAAUCUUGGGACUGGCUGGCUGGGGGUACAAAUAAGCAGCAGAGCCUGGCCCACUCUGAGGUUUGCUGGGAGGGCUGGGGUGGAGGGCUUGCUUAUCUGUACCCAGCCUUUUUCCUUCUGGGCAAGUGAUGUAUGUAGCGUGAGUCUUGACUGCUCAAUAACCUUCCUUCUUUUUGCAGCAGAGGCCAGGGGGCUGCAUUAUGAGGUGGUGCUGGGGAUUGCUCCACAACUCUGGGGCUCUGGGGCAGCUGUGGUCAGGCAGCCCAUAAAGUUUCCUUCCAGUUGUGUCCCUGACCCACCCACCCACCCACCCACUCCCACAAUGGUGUGGAUUUUGCCCAGCUACUUUAAUCAAGGCAAGCUUUUGUGUUCAGGACGAGCUUUGAGGCAACGCUUCCCAAGCAGAUGUGGAGCAAUCCCUCGCCCGGGGCAGCGGGGCCAAUGGGAGCCUCCUUCAGAUUCCUUUGUGUGUGGUAUAUGUCUUUGGGGGCGGGUGGGCUUGUUGAUGUGCAGUCGGGAUAAUGGCAGUUCCCUUUGCCCUCCCCUCCCCCCUGGAUACCCCUCCUAAUCUGUUGCAGCGGCAUACAAGCACGCCGAUGGGAAAAAAAUAGAUGGCAGGCGGGUGCUGGUGGACGUAGAGAGAGGCCGCACGGUGAAGGGAUGGCGCCCACGCAGGCUUGGUAAGUGUGUGCAGAGAGCUAUACCAUGCUUGCUGCCAGUUUUUCUGCCCCACCCUUGUCCCCGAUAGUUGCAAGCCCCAAGAAGUCUUGGCGGGGGUGUGUGUGUGAGGGGCCGACAUCAGCGCUGCUGGACUGCUGCAUUCUGGCCACCAAGGAUGUUGACAUUUAGUAAGUAGAAAUCAAGCAAUCUAGAAGACAAACUGAGGGAGCUGAAUAUGUCCAGCCCAGAAAGAAGGAAAAGGAAAACAUAGGGAGUUGUGUACUUAAAGUGGCUAUUCGCUAUGUUUUCUGAGGGUGGGCCAAGAAUAGUUAGGUCUUAACUAGAGGAAAGUAGACUCGAGUUAAACGUUUCUUUGAAAACCUGCUUACAUGUGGGAACUGUUUGCCAAUGGAGAAAUGCUUUUGAAAGGUAGAGAAAUCCCCUGUGCUUGAGAAGUUUUCAAGAUAAUGCUAGAUAGGCAUCUGUUGAUGUUUUCUGUGAAGGUUGUUGUGUUGGGCCAGAGGUACUUGUUGAUUCUUAGUCAGAUUCUGGAAAGAUGAACAUGAACCGUUCCAAGGUGCUUUCAUCCUUCCUUCUGAUCCCUCCAUUUGGCAAGGUCUGCUUUCUGUACGUUUUUUGCGAGGCAGGAGAAAUUGUUCUCACUGCAUAUGUGGCUCAGAAACCAGGAGAGAUCCUUUCCCCCUCUCUCUCUGGUUUCAGAUGAGUUCAAUUUAAGCAAGAUAUAUUAAAACUAGAACAGCGCACACUGGGCAUACAAGUCUGAAGGACGAUAGUUUCUUCCAGCCCUGGCCUUCUAAUUGUGAACAAGCCUGGAAAGACCCAAGAUUGUCAGUGUGGUGUAGUGGUUAAGAGCAGUAGACUCGUAAUCUGGUGAACCGGGUUCGCGUCUCUGCUUCUCCACAUGCAGCUGUGGGUAACCUUGGGCUAGUCACACUUCUCUGAAGUCUCUCAGCCCCACUCAUCUCUCAGCGUGUUUGUUGUGGGGGAGGAAGGGAAGGGAGAAUGUUAGCCGCUUUGAGACUCCUUUGAGUAGUGAUAAAGCAGAUAUCAAAUCCAAACUCUUCUUCUUUCCCCUCCUUUGCAGGUGGUGGUCUCGGUGGCACCCGGCGAGGAGGUGCUGACGUCAACAUCAGACAUUCAGGCCGGGAUGACACCUCCCGAUAUGAUGAAAGGUGAGUUGAGCUGCAUAAAGUAUCCAACAUUCAUGAAUGCAUAAAGUAUCACUGCCAUUCUCCCUCUCUCCUCAGAAAGUUAUACUGUUGUAGGAAUUUCAUUUCUAAUACAAGAGAAUGAUUGGUGGCAGCUCCCAUUCAAAGUAUUACUUAGCUCCAAAUGUGUGCUAAAUGUACAGAAGGCUUACAGGCUUAUAGUCAAAAGCAAAUAUCCUAGCAUUUAAAAUUAGAACAUUUCUCAGUUGCAGCCAGACCCUCCUCUUGUAUCUCUUAAAAAUUAAAUACACACAAAAUGGGACAGAUUGAAUAUUUGUAUAAUUUGUUUCAAACCGCCCCCGAUUGUAAAGAUAAGGGUAUGAAACCAGAUUCUGUGAUUAAGGUAGUUUGGAUUGCAAACCUUUUAUUGUGUGUUGCUUUUGUAUAAUGCUGGACCAUGGAAGACAUGACAGUUAAACUAGUUUGUAGUGCAGAUUUGUCCUUGUAUAGAUGGCAUGUUCAUUCAUGGGUUUCCUCUUGUGUUGUACAGUGCCAAAGUAGUAGUUAAAGUCAAUUACUUGACAUUUGAGAAAGUACAUUCUGUCCCCUCGCCACCACCCCGGCUCACAGGGAUCGAGACCGCGAACGGGAGCGUGAUCGCCGAGACCGCAGCCGAGACCGAGACAAAGAGCGGGAACGCCGUCGCAGCCGAUCCCGGGAACGCCGGCGGCGGACGCGGAGCCGAGAGAAAGAUGAGCGGAAGCGCAGCCGGGAGCGCAGCAAGGAUAAAGACCGGGAGCGCAAGCGCCGCAGCCGUUCCAGGGAUCGAAAGCGGGACCGGGACCGGGAUAGAGACAAGAAGGAAGAGCUGCCAGAAGUGGCUGAGGCCCCGCCUGAUGAGGCCACCCUUGGCGAGAUGGGCGUAGAUGGGCUGGAGGUGAAGCCCGAAGUGGGGGAAGAGAAGGGCAGGGACAGAGAUAGGGACAGGGACAGGGAUAGAGAGAGGGAUCGGCGGCGCAGCCAUCGCGACAAAGACAGAGACAGGGAUCGUGACAGAGAGCGUCGUCGUGAUAGGGACAGAGACAGGGACCGGGACAGGGAGCACAAGCGGGAGCGGGGGGAGCGGGGAGGGGAGAAACGGGAAGAGAGGGGGCAGGACAAUGGCAUGGGAGAGGCCUUGGAAGAAACCAGCCAGGAUAUGUUCCUGGACCAAGAAUCCAUGCAGUCAGCUGAUGGUUAUUUGUCCACUGAGAAUGGAUAUAUGAUGGAGCCCCCAAUGGAGUGAUGAAUGGAGACGCUUCCGUGCCCCGUGUGGUCCAGUCAGGUGAGGCUUUUGUCUCCCAGGCUGCCUAACCAAUGAGGCCCCAUCAGCCAGUUGAUGUAAUUGAUUUUAACUGGUUUUGUUUAGAAGGGUAAGUCUGUUUCAGUUCUGCCUGUCCUACCCCAUUUCUUCUUAACAUGUAACCUUCCAUGGAUCCCUUGUGUAUUUGGAUAUUUUUCUUUAAACAAGAAUAAAGUGGUGUUAAUGUUUUCUUCUCCAUGUGAA